GUUUGACUUGGGCAAGGUGGGCUGUUGAUUAACAAAAACAAGGUUAGCUGACUUGCUAACUAGGAAAGAACAUUUGUUUUCUAUUAUAAUAUAAUCUAACUUUACACAGACACACAUAUAAUAUUGGACAUAAUUACAGUGCGCAGCUAAGGGUAGGAUUACAGGGGGCCACGGCUGCCAGCAUGGCGAGUGCGCUCUGCAGGAGGGCCAGGCAGUUGUCUGUGGGCCAGGCCGUAGCCCAGAGGAUUGUAUCAGCAUUCAGACUUUCCUCCACGGCUGGAUCUUCUGGAUCGGAUGAGCCUUAUGUAGCGAUUUCAUCUCACGAUUCAGUAGAUUCUAGAACUGUGUGGCCUGAUGAGACCAUGGGCCCUUUUGGUCCUCAGGACAAGCGUUUCCAGUUGCCGGGCAACGUGGGGUUUGAUUGUCACCUGGGUGGCACAGGCGACCAGUGGGUGUCGCUGGCACACCGGGUAGUUCCUGACAUUCUCUCUACCCCUUCCAGCAGCGAAAGACAUGAGUUUGUGCUCACGCAGUUCGUUAGUGAAUACCAGAGUAAAGAAGUGUCCGUAUGGACCCAGAGCGUCUGUAAAGCAGAGACAUAUUUUGCCCAAUGUGAUGUAGAGUGCUCAAUGCAUUCCUGCCCAGAGCUACUAAAGCAAGAGUUAGAGUCGUUUUUCCCAGCACUUCCUACCAAUGCCAUUACUGUUGUCACAGUAACCCAGAAAAAAACAGCAACACACACAGAACAACUGGACAGAGAACAGCUGCUAGAUAAAUUUGUUAGUGGUGCUAAGGAGAUGUGCUUUAUGCUGUGGAGGGGCGGUUACUGGGCCGACUUCAUAGACCCAUCAUCCGGCAAAGCUUUUUUUGGCGCACCGUUACAUGAGUCUAUUCUGCAGCCAGAGCAUUCUCACCCAUCUGGGUUCCACAUUGAGGACCUAGCUUCCUGUAGAGUCAUCCGUCAUGUGCUGAAGGACACGCCCGUUUUCGUGGGGACGCUGCUCACCAAUGCCCCUUCCACCAGCAUCGUUAUGGAGAGGCUCACAGGACAGUCUGCUGACCCCGAGGAGGUAGACUGAGACGGCAUGGGUCAUAUACAAGCGCAUGCCACCACUAAAGUAAUUUAUUACUUGAGUCAGAAGGGGGGUUGGGUUUGAAUAAAAAUUGGCCGUUACUCAUGUGA